AUGAUUGAUAUUGAACAAGAAAGCUUCCAGAGUUUCAAAUUCAUAUCACAACAAGAUUCCAAGAGGGAGGGUGCAUAUGUUAAUAUUCCUGAUGCCAAGAAAAAUGAACCGAGAUUCCAAAAAUGGUUCAUAAUAGGGUAUAGUUUAACUUAUAGUCCAACAGGUGGCCCAUUUAUUGGUAAUUUUGAUUUUGUAUUUUUAAGAGGUGUUGUUACCGAACCUUAUGAAACUAGAACAGUUCCUCCGUUGGUCCAUUCCAUAUUUCAAUGUAUGUUUGCGAUUUUUCCACCAGCUUUGAUAAUAGGCGGAUCAGCAGAAAGAGCUAGGAUCAUACCGACAUUAAUAUUCUUUGUGAUAUGGACAACUUUGGUUUAUGAUUUUAUUGCAUAUUGGUGUUGGUCGGCGAAUGGGUGGAUUGCACAAUUAAAGGGACUGGAUUUUGCUGGUGGGGCACCAAUACAUAUUUCAUCAGGUGCUUCUGCUCUAGCUUAUUCAUUAAUAUUAGGCCGAAGACGUGAUCUUGCUUCAGUAUGUACCGCGACAAAUCUAGCAGCAUCAAUGGGUGGUUUAACAUGGAUGUUGUUAGAUUACAGAUUAGAUCAUAAAUUGUCUGUAGUUGGAUUUUGUUCAGGUGUGUUGGCAGGAUUGGUGUGUAUUACACCUGCCGCUGGGUUUAUUAGCAUACCAUCAUCGUUGAUGUUUGGGUUUUUACCAGGAAUAAUUUGUAACUUUGCUAUUAAAUUGAAAGCCGUAUUUAACUAUGAUGACUCUUUGGAUGUUUUUGCAAUACAUGGUAUAGGUGGUAUUUUAGGUAGCUUACUGACCGGUAUAUUUGCACAAAAAGAUAUUGCUUUUUUAGACGGUUUCACUGUAAUAAAUGGUGGUUGGUUAGAUGGUAACUUCAUACAAUUGUUAUAUCAGUUAUACGUUGUACUGUCAACAUCUGUUUAUAGCUUUGUGAUGACCUGUUUAAUAUUAUUAAUUAUGGAUAGAAUUCCUGGAUUGGCUUUGAGAAUUGGUGAAGAAGAAGAAACCUUGGGAGUUGAUUUAUCCGAAUUAAGUGAAUCAGUCGAUAUUCUAAUAUAG